ACCGAUGUGACAGACUCGUCCUCUUUAUACGUCAUGCACCGCGUGUUCUUAUGACGUGAUGACGUCAUGGGGCCUGGACUCGCGAAGGGGAAGCCGAGAAAACAACAAGCCAGUUGGGCCAAUGACAGACAGAAACCAAACUGAUAUUAACGAGGAUUUCUUGUUCAGAGCCAGUUUAAACUACUAGCCACAAUAUCAGUAUCAAUCAAUCCUUGCUGUCGUCCAGGGGGCAAGAUGUCUUUGUUCGGAAAGUUGUUUGGUAGCAGUGGAAAAGGUGGUAAAGCUGCAAGCCCACAAGAGGCGAUCCAGCGACUCCGAGAAACCGAGGAGAUGUUGACCAAGAAACAGGAAUUCCUGGAGAAAAAGAUCGAACAGGAGCUUGUAACGGCAAAGAGAAACGGCACAAAGAACAAAAGAGCUGCGUUACAGGCAUUGAAGCGUAAGAAGCGCUAUGAGAAGCAGUUAGCUCAGAUUGACGGCACCCUUUCUACCAUCGAGUUCCAGAGGGAGGCGCUAGAGAAUGCCCACACCAAUACAGAGGUCAUCAAGAAUAUGGGCUUGGCUGCCAAGGCCAUGAAGGCUGCCCAUGACAACAUGGACAUCGACAAAGUGGACGAACUCAUGCAGGACAUCACAGAACAGCAGGAGCUGGCACAAGAAAUUUCAGAUGCGAUUUCAAAACCUGUCGGGCUUGGGGAGGAAUUUGACGAGGAUGAACUGCUAGCUGAACUAGAGGAAUUGGAGCAGGAAGAGUUGGAUAAGAACCUUCUGGAGAUCGGAGGCACAGAGAAUGUACAGUUGCCUAAUGUGCCCUCUACAUCUUUACCUUCCAGACCAGCAAAAAAGAAAGAAGAAGAGGAUGAGGAUGACAUGAAAGAUCUGGAGAAAUGGGCUGCCAAUUAAUGCCUGCUCUGCUCCACCAAAACCCAUACACUAUACAAGGCAUAAACCACACUCAGAUACCUGUUACUAAAGAAACUGGAUGGACUAUUACAGUGUGUCAAAGGAUGAAGUCUUUGUGUCUAAAAUAGGUAAAUAUAUACAUAUACAAGAGGGAAAAAGAAAAGCAUUAAUGCAACCGCUCCGAAACAAAAUAUCUCUGCCAGGCUUACAGUCAACGCAUUCAACACACUCAUCCGAGCAAGACCAAGAUUUUGCUUUAUUUCUUCCAUGGCCUCAUAUUGGGACUCUUCUUGUAAGAAACAACUUGUUGUAAAGUUCAGUGUUUUUGUAUACAGCCCUACAUAAUCUGUAAAAGUACUCAUAUAUUUUCUUAAACUUCCAUGACAAGGUAUCCACCGCUUGCCUCUUGGUCCGAGAAACCAAUAGACACGGAAACCCUUUGCAUGCAGGGAAUGUGUCUGUUACAAAUCUGUUGUGUUUUUGGAGAGAACAUGUGGUUUUGUUCAAUUGUUUUCAAGAUUUUAAACAAAACCCAUUGUUCAUAUGCACUUUGGUGCAUUCAAGUUCUUUUUAAACUGCACGUUUUGUCCUGUUUAUGAUUCUGUGUGCAUUAAGCAUUUCAUAGUGCAUGAAGUGCAGGUUCCUCCCAUGUAUACUAAUCAUAAAAAACUUUAAAAAGUCCCUAAAAGAGGUUCUAAAUCAGCACUUAGUCCUCAUGAGUACAAGGUUUGGUCCCUGUUUGGCGCUUGAAUGCAGUGUGAUACACAAUACUAUCACAAUCCUCCUUUUAAACAUAGUUCAAGUCUGUGUGCUGCUGAAACUGGGUUUGUAAUGUAAAUAGGUUCCAUCACUCCAGAAAUGUUUACUGUAUUUGAGAUAUUUAUGGAAAUACUGUGACUACAAGAAUGAGCAUUCAUCCCCAAGAUUUCUUUACACUAGAAAUGGGUGUUGUAUUAAGGAAAAACUAUGACAAGGCUCAUUGUAGAAUUAACUUCAUGUGCUGUUAUUGCGUGCUGGUGAGCUGUAAAUGAGUUUGAAUGGAUUUGUAAUGGAUAGACAGUGCAGAAUAUUAUAAAAUCAUGCUUUUAUUUUACAGAGUACACUAUUAUAAUGUGCUGGUACAAUGGUUUUAUUCAUUUUCCUCUCCUAAGGGUCUGUAAAAUCAUUUUGAGGAUUGAAUAUUCAAAGGGUAAAGCGAUUAACAUGUAACUAUGUUAUUUAUCAGGCUCAGAAUGUUUAAUUGUUUAUUAUUUGUUUGUGAAAAGGGCUGUCUUUUUUGGCACUCUGAUUUAUGUUGUCUCUCUGCCUUUCAACUCAUCCUUUCAACCUUACACUUACAUUAAAGUUUUGCCAUGUUAA